GCACGUAUUAGCACGCACGACGGGACGCCUAUUUGGUCCGGCCUUGGUCGACCCAGCUGUGAACAUCUACGCUACGAUUAACGUUAUUGACAAAUGCGAUUCUGACUGGGAGAGCGAGUAAUUUGUUAGCUUUAUAAUGAAAGCCCCUCCUAGAGCGAGGAACCCUAGUGCGCCCACUAUUUCCUUCCGUGGUUUGGCGAUUCAACGCCAGCUCACGUCCGCCCCUGGAGGCCUACAGAAUUAGCGAAAGCUUGUCCGUUGUGUUUGAUUCGCACAUUGGAUUCAGCAGUCAAGAUUGUAACACAGCGCCGAGUACAAUUGGAUAUUCAAUUUUUUCUCAUCCUCUCCUGGAUCGGUCUAAUUCCGACGUGAAUAUUGCCGCCGAAUUGUUGUAAGAAUGUCACGGCGAAAACAGGCCCGGCCCAAGGCUCUCAAAAGACUUUCCCAAGAUGCAUGGGAGGAAGAAUUCAUCAAUGGCAAUAGUUCUCUACCAGAUGAAAGGAAUGUCUUUGAAGAUGAUAACACAGUUGCCAAUCUAGGCCCUGUUUUUACAAAGGAAGAGCAUGGUGCCAACCAGGCUGGAGAAGACGAGGAGAUGGAUGUUGGAAAUGACGUCAUAGAUGAAGAUGACGAGCAAGAAAUGUAUAAUUGUGACACAUGCGGCAGUGUUUUUGCCGACCUUUCUACGUUCAUGGAUCACCGUAACACCGAUUGUUCUACAGUAAUAAUCAGUGAACAGAAUAUGGAUAGCGAGGACUCUCCAAUGAGUGUGGAAGGCGGUGCCUAUCAAUGUCAGUUCUGCAACAAAACAUUUUGCCGGCUGAGCUACUUGAAACGUCAUGAGCAGAUACACAGUGACAAAAUGCCAUUCCGGUGCGAUUAUUGUAGCCGCUUGUUUAAGCACAAACGUAGUAGAGAUAGACACAUUAAACUACAUACUGGUGACAAAAAGUACCAAUGUUCAGAGUGUAAUACUUGCUUUGCUCGCAGCGAUCACCUAAAAAUUCACAUUCGAACUCAUGGAACAACUAAGCAGUUCCAGUGCACUAUUUGUAACCGUGUGUUUGAUACAUUAGCAACACUCACUUCGCACUAUCAGACUUGCCAUAAGUACGCUCUAUCCGUCGGUGUACAGGAUAUUGUGUACCAGGAGACAAAAGCUCAGAAAUUAUGGAAAUGUGGAGAUUGUAAUGAAGCAUUCCCUAGCGCAAUUGAAAAGGAAAAACACGUCAAAGAUGAACACACUAAGGUAUCUGCUAGUGUUCUAGAUGAGGGUACUAACCACGAAGGCGAACUGGAGUUCAAGUGUCCCAUAUGCCCGGAGAUGUUGUUUGAAAACGAGCAAGCUUUGCUCAAGCAUCAGAAGAGUGAACACCAAUCGGGUUACAUGCACGUGUACUCAUGUCUUCACUGUGGGAAUGAGUAUCACAGCUUGUACAAUUUAAGAGAACACUUAUCAUCAAUGCAUCCAGACGGUAGCACAACGAUUGCAACAGAUGUUGAGAAUCUGUCGCAUAAUACUUGUAUCUUUUGUCGAAUUACUUUCGUAAGCAGCGACGCAUUGCAAGCUCACAUGAGCAGCAGUCAUCCAUCUCAAGAAAACAUUCAGUCCUGGCAUCCUGGCGGCCGUUUCAUGUGCAGUCAGUGUCGUGUAUCAUUCCCAUCAGAUCGUUCUCUCAAAGAGCAUAUAUCGCAAUCACAUGGUACUGAUAGUUCAAGUACAAAGGAGCAAAACACAUUUAACUGUCCGCAUUGUACAAAAAGUUACCAAAGUGAGGAGGUGUUAAGAACACAUAUCAAUCGUACACACACCGAAAGUCUUAACAAAAUGCGAUAUCCUUGCCCUUAUUGCAUCAAACAGAACCUAUUUGAUUCCAUAGAACAGCUGCAGCUGCACAUAGAAGUUUAUCACAAGAGUAAUCGACCAUCAAUGCAUCUGUGUCCAGAAACUGACUGCAAAUUAUAUUUCAACACACAGGAAGACCUCACAAAUCACUUAAAGAACGACCACAAUUUAGUGACAGCUGGAGAAGUAGCGUCCACGUUAGAUGGUGCGAACCAGGAACCAGCUUCUUCUGAAGACGCUGCUAAUGAGAGUUAUUAUUCGUGCCCUAGCUGUCGAAAUGAAUUCAAAAGUGAAUCACAACUCAUGGUUCACGCUGUUAACCACUUCAAAGUUGUCACUUCGGAAUACGUUUGUCGAGAUUGUGGGAAGUCCUUCAAAAAACCCGAUGAACUUCAAAAGCAUCUUUUUGAGAUUCAUGCUCAUCAUCUGUACAAGUGUGCCCUUUGUAAGGAGGUAUUUGACUCCAAAGUUACUAUUCAAGUUCAUUUCGCCGUUAAACACAGCAACGAGUGUAGACUGUACAGCUGCAGUCAAUGUGGCGUUGUCUACCGCCUUGAAGAAGAUCUUUUUAUGCACGUCCGGAUGCAGCAUGUGAAAGUCGGCCAACGAUGUAACGUUUGUGGACUUAUCUUCACUUCAACACUCCAGCUUCAGUCCCACUUAAGUACGCACAACCUCAUUUAUCGUUGCCCAUACUGCAAUGCGACCUAUAAUGAGGCCCCAAGCCUUGAUGUGCAUAUGAAGUCAAUGCAUAAAAACGUCUUGAGUCCCACCGUUCCGUUAUACGGGAUAUCCUCUAAAUCUCCACAUGAGCCUGCACAACCACCAGUUAUCAAAUCUGUUAAUGCCCCAUGUUUAGAUUCACCAAGGCAACUUAAGAAGUCUCCGCACCAGAGUAGUGACGAUGGUGAAGAGGGUUGUUUUAUCUGCCAAAUCUGCGACGAGAAGUUUCCACUGAAAACACUACUUGAACGUCACCACGCUAAAGAACACGACAUAAAGUCCAGGAGGUUGACACCUGAUUUACAGACUCCAAUCUCAUCACCUGGUGCCAGUAGCAGUUAUUAUGACAAUGGUCAAGGUUUACACAUGCUCAAAUCCAAUGCAAAUAAUACCCUGUUGAAAGUUCUCAAAUCAACCUCUCAAACAUCAGGUAUCGUUUGUAUGUUCUGUCGCAAUGCUAUUCUCGGAGAAAACGAUCUGGUCUACCAUUCGAAAAAACAUAAACAGUAUAUUGCUGGUGAAGAAGCCUCAUAUUAUUGUGUAGUGUGUAUGCUACAUCUAACAUCAAUACGAAAUCUUCGAAUCCACGCCCAUUUUCAUUUCCAAACAUCUUCUUCAGAUGAUUCCAAACCGCAAAAUUGUGUUAUGUGUGGUGAAAAUUUCAGGCCAACAAACAACGACGAGUCACCGGUCUGCCUGAAAUGCAUUUCAUUGGAUACACAGUAUCCAAAUGAGAUUUCGAGACCCGCUGUAGGAAGUACUACAACAAAACCUGGCCAAUUUCGAUGUUGUCAUUGUAAUGUGAAGUUUGAAAGCGAAGCAGAACUGUCACAACAUGCAUCAGUUCACGAAGAAGUCAAGAAAAAGACUUAUCAAUGCAUCAAAUGCCAAAAAACAUUUGCAUCAGAGGGUGAAAUACACGCGCACGUGACGUCACACAUGUUAGCAGAAGGUAUUUAUCAUGAGUGUAAACUCUGUAAAGAAGUCUUCGAUUCUCCUGCAAAGUUGCAGUGUCAUUUAAUCGACCACACUUUUACGGAUAAGAACUACGAGUGCCCAAAAUGUGAUGGCAAGUUCAUUUUUGCCAUGGAUAUCCAAGCGCACGCGAUUGAACAUGGUAUUGAUGGGCGUGACCAUAAAUGUGACCUUUGUAGUCAGACCUUCUUCUUUUCGGCUGAAUUAAUGAAUCAUGUGGCAAGCUACCAUCACUUUGAAAAUGGUCGACUGCGUGAAGAAUACCGCUGCUACGAAUGUGGACGACAAUUCAUAUCCAGAUCGAACCUUUACAGCCACAUGAAAACCCACACUGCCAAAGAGCGCGUAUGUAGAUGUCCUUUAUGUCCAGAAGUGUUUCUCAAUACUCUAGCAAUGCAACAGCACUACUUUCAGUCGCAUACUGAGGCUGAGCUUGUUCGUAGUAAAAAGUCAUUAAAAUGCCCAAAAUGUGACAAAACUUUCUCAUGUGCCACCACCCUACAAAAUCACAUGCGACAACACAACCAGUCAAAGGGUUACUCAUGCACUGAAUGUAACAAAAUAUUUGGUCUCGUUAAACAUCUGACACUUCAUAUGGCAAUACAUAGUAGUCAAACCCCAUUCCAAUGUCCACUAUGCGAUAAACGAUUCAGUAAAAAGGAGCACAGAAAAGCACAUUUUAAAUCCCACUGCGGAAUGACACAAUUCGCUUGCCCUCAUUGUACGAAGUUGUUUUCGAAGAAAAGUCAAGUCCAAAAACACAUGUUAAGUCAUGUGACAAAAAGUAAUAAACCCACUUCAACUCCACGUUACAAGUGUUACGUUUGCAGAGCAGCUUUUAACGACGAGCCUACCUAUAAGCAGCAUAUGCAACGUAUGCACGGAGUCCAAUAUAAUCAGCCACAAGAUGAUCAUACUAAAGACAUCUCGGAAUCAACUACUCGAAAAAAUUCUACGACACAGUUGCAAAGGGGAACUUACACUGGUGUUCCUGAAAACUGUUGUCCUAUGUGCAACGCAAUGUUUCCAGAUGAUAUAGCAUUACGUGGGCAUAUGCAGAGCUUCCAUCGUAUCCAGUUUUCACAUAGUGAUGAUGUAAGCUGUGGAGCAGACAACGGGACUUCAUUAACCAAACCCGAGUCAGAGCCGUCCUACCUCCAACCGACACCAAUGUCUUACCAAGACUCAAUUCAAGAUCCAUCCAGUCGAGCCACGAAUGUCAGUGAUUGUCAAGAUCAAAAUGAUUCGGACAAAGGAAGAUUAAGUGACGAUAAUAAAGGAUAUCGUGUCUAUUCCAUGGGUUUGUCCGAUGAGAAAUUCGUCUGUCCUCUUUGUGAAGAUCGGUUUUCCACCACUCAGUCAAUGCGUCGUCAUCUGAAACGCACCCAUGGUGCUAGGACAAGCAAGCGAAGGAAACUCUCGGGUAAAGGGUUCGAUGAAAAUGGGUCACCAAGAAAGACUUCCAGAAGAGAUAGCUCAGACGCAUCAUCAGACGGUGAAAUUGUGGUCCAUAUGGCAGAAUAAAAUAGACAAAUUGCAAGAGGCCUAGGCUGAUUUAACAGUAGGCCAGAACCCCUCAAAGGUUCAGUAAUUUAGGAAUUUUAAAGGCUUACCGAUUUUAGGGUCUUACAUUCUGUAAAAAAUACAUAGAUUUUUUUUCUCCCGAUGAUUUUUUUUUCUCCCAGACCGGGAAUGGUCUACUGUAAUGGAGAAGUGUACAAAUGUGACUUUUAGCUGGUACGAAACUUAGCUUAUAACUUGAUUUGAUAUUAUAACUUGAUCUGCUGGUAGAGCGCUUUUCCAGUCCGAGUACGGUAUUGUGUGUGUUUCAUACAGCGGAUCUUUGUCAACAGCGUGAAUUCUUUACAGGAAUUCACGCUGUUAAACGUGGGUAUGUAGACCAGAAAUAUCGCUGGAGCAAUAGUACACUUUGGUAAAAUUAAGAAUCAUGUUAUAAUUAUUAUCAUGUUAUUUUAAAUAUAUUGAUUUUUUUAAAUAUUUUAAAUACGCCCUAUGUUGUUUUAGCUUAACACAUUUCCAUGAAUCUAGCUGCAAUGCAAUCCCGUCAAAUAUUGUAUCCGCCUAGUUUAUAGAGCCUAAUGUUUAAUUAAAAGAAGACCGGUAUGCAUAAUUGAGCGAUAUUUUAGAAAAUACCCUAUUUGUACUACUGUACUGUAUUAUUUUAGCAAUUUAGCAUUCGUUCUAUAUAUUUCUUAUCGUUUUCUGUCUUUGUCAAAAUAUACCUUGUAUAAAUUACUUUUGAUAAGUAGUUGUUUAUUUUUUUAUACAUUCUGCCAAUAAGGAGUUUUUGAAGUAACAACGUAAUACACUCCCAAUUUUAGUAUCUUACCUUUAUGUCUACUUUAAAAUAUGCAUGCUUUAUUAUAUACGAUACAGUACCGUUCUUGUGUGCUUUAUAAAAACAUUAAAAAGUUUGCUAAUACACGUACGGUUGGCCUACGCCCUCCCUCCUUUAGUCAUUUCUAAUACUCCCUAAUGGCGUAUAUUUCAUAAUAUAUUGUUAAAGAACGCUUACAUUAAUUGUUUCUUUUUCUGUGUUUCCCAAAUGAAUAAAAUGAAAAUGACAGUAAUAAAUUGA